CAUCCUUCUUUUCUUAUACUAGGGUUGUGCCCCCCAUUUAUUUCCCUUGUCUUUUGCCUCUCGUUCCUUCUUACUGAAAAUGCUCUUUGCCUCCCUUUCUGAUCUCCGUCUUCAUUUUAUCACUGUAUUUGCGAGUCACUCUCUUUAUCUGACCUGCAACUAAGGUUUCAUUUGUCUUUUCUCAACUCACACUCAAUAGAAAACUCAAGGAGUUCUCCAACUCAUGUCUAUAUGGCUGCAGCUUCUUUUUCCUUGGGACUCUUAUCAGAAUAGAUCUUGAAGGAGCCUACGGCGCCGGGGGUGAAAGGUAAUGAGAUUAUUUCCGAUUCGAGAAAACUCGUCAUAGAUAAAAGGGCAGUGAAGAUAUUUUAAUAUGGCCUCCUCUAGCUACUCCAACUCUCCGUGUGCUGCCUGCAAGUUUUUAAGGAGAAAAUGCAUGCCAGAUUGCAUUUUUGCACCAUAUUUUCCGCCUGAAGAGCCACAAAAAUUUGCAAAUGUUCACAAGAUAUUUGGCGCAAGCAAUGUGAGUAAGCUCCUCAACGAAGUCCUUCCCCAUCAGAGAGAGGAUGCAGUCAACUCUCUGGCCUAUGAAGCCGAGGCAAGGAUAAAAGACCCGGUCUAUGGCUGUGUUGGAGCCAUCUCAGUCCUCCAAAGGCAUGUCCUUCGGCUCCAGAAGGAGUUGGAGGCCACAAAUGCAGACUUGAUGCGGUAUGCCUGCAACGAGAAUAUGCCUGCACCAACAUCCCAGUUUGGAAGAAGGAUGGGUCAUGGAGCUGGUUCUUAUGGUCAAAGUUCUGGUUUGUAUUAUUCUUCUCCAUGGAAUAAUAAUCAACCCUCAUGUGAGGAUAGCCAAGAGAGAGGAGGAGAAGGGAAUAAUAUGCAAGGUUAAGUAUUCCAUUCUUUUGUCCAUGACUGUUGAGAAAUGAAUUGGAGACUAGGGAUCAGUAGGGAAUAGGCCAGGGUCUUAUAUAUAUAUAUAUAUAUAUAUAUGACACUGUAUAAUAUGGUAUGCUAUGUUGUCAUGAUCGAAGACGAUCGAGCUGACUGGAGUAUUAAUGGCAUUUCCCUUAGUUGAUCAGAAAUAAUCAACCUAGCCAAUUAAUUAAAUAU